CUCUCGUCGCCCAACACUCAGUACGACCCCGGACGAGUCGUGACACCGACUUGCGGACGUACGUAUUACUAAUAUUCUUUAGUCGAAUAUAGUAUUGAAGCGACGCAUGACAAACCGAACAAAAUGAAGGACGGUCUUAAUAUACCGUCACUCCAAAGUCCCCAAGGCCGCUACUCCCUCGUCAAUAAACUUGGGACAGGAGUCUUCGGAGAGCUACAUAAAGCGAAGGAUAGCCAAGCAGCUGGCAAAGAAGUUACCAUUAAACUUCUAUACCUGAAUGAAGAAACCGAGGCACACAUACACGAAGAGUAUAGAAUUCUUCGUGAUUUCACCCAACACCCUAACCUUGUCGAUUUCUAUGGUGUUUUCUGUGAUAAAUCUGAAUAUACAAAGAAAAUAUGGUUUGUGCUAGAGCUGUGCCAGUAUGGAUCCGUCAUCGAUAUAGUCAGAAAACUAAAAGCAGCGGACAAGAAAAUGUCCGAAGAGCACAUAGCAUACAUCCUCAAAUAUACGAUCAAGGGCGUAUGUUAUUUACAUGAAAACAAUAUCAUCCAUCGGAACAUACGAUGUAAUAAUAUUCUCAUUACGAAAGACGGAGAAGUGAAAGUUACUGACUUCGGAUUAUCAUGCAAACUAAACGGAAGCGACGAAAAUACUAGAACGAUGCUUGGAUGUCCCAGUUGGAUGGCACCUGAAAUGGUCGCAGGAGGCGAAGAAGGAUAUGGCAAUAGAGCUGAUGUUUGGGCUUUAGGAAUCAGUACAAUUGAAAUGGUUGAUGGCAAAGCACCUUUCGAAAAUAUGCAUCCUACUAGAGCAUUGUUUCAAAUCCUAAGGAACCCUCCACCAGGUUUAGCAAAACCAUCAAUGUCGUCCAAUGAUAUUAAUGAUUUUAUCAAUGAAUGCCUCGAAAAAAAUCCCGAACAUCGACCUUUUAUGGUGGAAUUAGAAGAACAUCCAUUCAUACAAUCCGUGCCUGAGAAUGACUUUCAUUUGUCUACCGAGUUGAAAAUGCUAGCAGUAGACUUAGUUGAAAAAGAAGUACCCUUCACAUUUCCAGAAAGAAUAAUCAAAAAUGGCCUGCUUAUUACCGAGGGGACUAGAGAACCAGAAGUUAUGCAAGUUGAAGAUCUUGCUGCCUUAGAACGUCUAACCGAGGACAAUCUUAUUAACGAACUUGAAAUAAAAUAUCACAAAGGCAACUUCAUGUCUUUUAUUGGUGAUGUCCUAUUGAUACUCAACCCGAACACGCACGAUGACAUUUACACUGAAGAACAUCACAGAAAGUACGAAUGUAAAUCAAGGUCCGACAAUGCACCUCAUGUUUUUUCGGUGGCCGAUAGUGCGUUUCAGGACGCUCUACAUCAUAACGAGCCACAAUAUAUAAUUUUUUCAGGAGAAAGUAAAUCCGGAAAAUCUACUUACAUGACACACACACUUUCCCAUCUUACUUAUUUAGGAUCCAUGAAAAAUAAUACAGCAGAAAGAGUGCAAAAAGCUACAAAUGUUAUUCAAGCCUGUAUUAGCUCAGCAACACCUAUUAAUUCCAGCUCUACUCGAGGUAUCCUACAAGUUCAAGUAACUUAUGGUACAUCUGGGAAAUUGAGUGGAGCUCUUUUUUGGCUAUAUCAACUUGAAAAGUGGCGUGUAUCAUCUACGGACAUGACUCAUGCCAAUUUCAACUUAAUGUAUUAUUUUUAUGACGCCUUGGAAGCAAAAAAUAGAUUAGAUGAAUUUUGUUUGGAAAGAAAUAGAAAACAUCGGUAUCUUAGAAUUUUGGAUGAACCGGCAAGAAGCGCAAAAGGUGUAAGAGAGACCCCUCGUGAAAAUGUUAAGAAAUAUGACGAAUUUAUAGAUAACUUAAAAGUAUUGGAUUGGGAAGAGGAAGACAUAAAAUUUUUGGAAACAGUUUUAGCUGCCAUACUUGUUUUGGGUAAUGUGAGAUUUAGAGAUGGCAAACAUGGUUCAGCUGAGAUAGAGAAUAUUGAAGAGGCCAAAAAAGUAUCCAAACUGUUAUCCCUGGAAGAGGUAAAGUUUCUCUGGGCACUACUCAACUAUUGCCUUAUUGAAAAUGGUUCUGCCGUUAAAAGGAAACAUUCAACAGAUGAAGCGAGAGAUGCUAGAGAUACAUUAGCCAGUGCUAUGUAUAAAAGACUUAUUGAUUGGCUAAUCAAUCUUAUUAAUGCAAAAUUAUCAUUUAUGCGAUCUGUUUUUGGGGACAAAUAUUCUGUAAGCUUAUUGGACAUGUUUGGAUUUGAGUGUUAUCAUAGAAACCGCUUAGAACAAUUGAUAGUAAACACUACUAAUGAACAAAUACAAUUUUUGUAUAAUCAAAGAAUAUUCGCAUGGGAAAUGCAAGAGACUGCUGAAGAAGAAGUACGAGUGACCGAUUUACUAUUUUAUGAUAACAGAAAUUCUGUUGAUCAACUAAUGGGAAGACCCCUUGGUAUUUUAUACAUUUUAGAUGAAGCUAGCCGCGUUGGUAGCGGACAAGAAUUUAUUAUGACCACUAUUAAAUCUAAAUGUAAGGGACCAUAUGUCAAGCUUUCUGGAAGUCACGAAUUCUGCGUAGCACAUUACACUGGUAAAGUGAAUUACGACGCGAGAGAAAUGGCUGAUAAAAAUAAGGAUUUUCUACCUCCUGAAAUGAUCGAAACUAUGAGAGCCUCAACUAACCUUACGCUACAACAAUUAUUUAAAAACAAACUUACCAAAACUGGGAACCUUACGGCAGCCUCCAAUCAAACUCCAUCAGCGUCGGCGGCUACAAGAUCAAAAACUGAAAAAGAGCAGGAAAAUAUUAAAGCGAGGAAGUAUAACACAGUUUCCAAGGGUCAGUAUUCACAAAUACGCAGAAUGAGGACUGCAGCUACGACAUACAGGGCCACAAGUUUGGAGCUGCUCAAACAACUAUCCAUAGGUCCUGGUAGUGGAGGAACAAAUUAUAUAAGAUGCAUUCGAACAGACUUAAAUGACAACCCUUAUGGAUUCCAAAAAGAAUUGGUAAGACAGCAAAUACGAGCCUUGGCUAUCUUAGAUACGGCUAAAGCACGUCAAAGAGGAUUUUCUUACCGGAUUCCGUUUGGUGAAUUUAUUCGAAGAUAUCGCUUCCUAGCGUUUGAUUUUGAUGAAAAUGUUGACGAAACAGCUGAUAACUGCAGAUUGCUAAUGAUUCGUCUGAAAAUGGAAGGGUGGGAGUUGGGUAAAACGAAAGUUUUCUUGAAGUAUUACAAUGAAGAAUUUUUGAACAGGUUAUAUGAAACACAAGUCAAGAAAAUUAUUAAAGUACAAAGCAUGAUGAGACUUUUCUUAGCUAAAAGAAAUGCUGUUAAAAAUAAAUCAAAAGUUUUGCACGUACAAGAAUUAAAGAAACAUAAAUCGCAGGAUAUAUCCGAAGAAGAAGCUGCAUUGCGCAUACAGAAAGCUUACAGAGGCUUCGUAGUUCGUAAAGCAUACGGACCACUCAUCAACAAAUCUACUGGGGAGAUUGACGAGGUUACUGCCAGAUUUCUGAAGCGAUUCGCCAGGAAAUGGAAGAGCCGAUCAAUGUUCCAAGUGCUGUUGCAAUAUAGAGCGCUACGGUAUCAGGACUUAGUACACUUCUCGCAGCAGGUACACAUAUACAAUCAGGCAGUAGUUGAGGGUCUCCUUAACACCAGUUCAUCCGUGCUCCUGGAUCGAGUGGAUCCGCAAGCCAAGGAAAAAAAUUACCUUGGAUCUGGGCCUCCCACUGUUUGGAAGCUUCCCUUCCGUAUGGACCAAAUACAGUUUUAUGACACGUCGCAUAUGUGCGAUCCUUCAGUUAAGAGCACGGACACAUUUGCCAGUCCAUAUGAUUCAGACAGUGAGCAAUGGGAUGAACCUUUGAAACGUCGUUGCAGCGCGGCUCAAACGGAACCGUUCAAGGCGUCAACGAGCACUCAGACUCUUCUUACCAUACCGUUCUGCAGAGAUCCCACUCAACCCGUGCCAACGUUACCGCCUGACGAACCCCAGAUGCAUUCAAGACGUGAGAGCUUCAGCAAACCUGUUAUUUAUAAGAAUCCACCAUGUGUUUCUCCCCAAAGCUAUUACCAACCACCCGUCCCUUGGUCAAGUGGAGGUAGCGAAACCAAAAUUUUAGAAAACACCGAUUGCCGUAGAGGAAGUAACGCGUUAGAUUACUCAGUAAACAAAAGCAAUUUACCCAACCCCAUUAAUGAACUCCAAGCUAUGGCUAAGUGUACAAGGAGUUCAAGAGACGAUGACGAUGAUGAUGAUCCUCCGUUUAAUUUCCAGGCGAUGCUCAAGAAGACACCGAAGAAUAGAGCCUCCAUGAAAAGACACGGGGAGAUAAACCGCGAUGCAUAUGAUAGCCCAUCGAGAAAUCCGUCACAUAAUAACAGGAUGUACAGAAACGACGACCCGUACAAUAACUCCUCAAGGAAUCCUUCCAACAUAAGGGGAUAUAAAAAUAGACAUGAUGAAGCGUUUGAAGAUUCAUACGACAGCAAAUCAUAUUAUGGCUCUAAGAACCCCUCCAACGUGAGAGGACAUAAAAAUAGACAUGAAGAGACGUUUGAAGAUUCGUUCGACAGCGGCAAUCAAUAUGGGGCUUCGGUUCCGAGACGAAGCUUAAUCUCGCCUAGCCAAGAAUCAUACGUAAACAUGUCCCCAGCUCAUUCAGUUUCUUACAAUAGAGGGCCACCAAAAAACGAUUUUGAUAGAAACGCUCGAGGUUUUGAGGAGUCCAACUAUAAGAAGAAAGACCGUGGCAACAUGGACAACAAAAACAAUAUGGAGACAAUUGAAAUAGCACCUGGUUUAACUAUAGAGGGUGAAGUUGCAGAUCUGUAAAAUAAAACAAAACAUAUGUGUCGUAAAAAAUAUAUUUAAUCUCCUUUUAGUUCUAUGUGAGCAUACACUCCUCUUUAUAUUACGAUAGAUAUUACAUGAUUUAAAUUUUGACUUCGCAAUAUUAAAGGCAUAUAUAACGUGUUUUAGUACUUAGAAUCAGUUUCGUAGCGUAGCUAGAAUCGGUAAUAGGAUCUAGAGCAAAAGUAAUUCAUUAUAUCUUUGAUUUACUUUUUAUUGCUGUAAUAAUAAGGUUAUAAGGGUAAUAUCCCAAUUCUGAACUCACAGUAUGUUUUGCAUUUACCUUCUAGCUACACCACUGUAUACUUUUUGUUAUGCUUUAGUGAAAUAUUAUGUUCUCCAUAGGUAAAGAAGUAAAGUAUAUUAAAUACAUUUCGAAAUUUAAAGCGAUACCUAAAGUUUAUUUUUUUUUCUUAAAAAAUACACUCUAUAGAAAAAUAUGUCAUUCUUAAUUUCCUUAUAUUAACAGCUUAUUCGAAAUUGCUUUGGUAACUUAUUAAUUACUUAAAAAUCUAAAAUGUAGUUGCGUGGUCCACAUAGAAUGGCUAUUGUUAAUAAAAAAAUGGAGUAUAAAAUAUACAAAAAUAUAUUAUAUGUAUCAUGGCAAAAUAGGUGUACUUAAAAAUUGGUAACUUUGGAAGAAAGUUACAAGCAAUAGAUCUAUAAUUAUUGUUAUCACAUUUACUCUUACAACUACAAAUAUCAAGUUUAUAAUUAUUUUGAAAGCAAAAAUUAUUAGUGAAAUUUCAUAUAGUUUUAUUUUUCAAAUACUACUUCUGAUAACUAGUAUCACAAAUCCUCUAAUCUAGGUUAAGUAUAUUACCAACUUUAUUAAAAUCCAAUAUUUACGUACAUUUUACCCUUUUACACAAUUUGUGAAGCUCUGAAUAUUUGUUUGUACGAUUUGAUAUGUUUACCAUAAGAAUCCUUCGUAAAUAGUUAAAUAUCUCAUUUUUGUAUUAUUUGUUGUGUAUUAAUGUAGGCACAUUUAUAACAUCCGACAACGCGUGACACGCCAACAUACGCGUGUAGAGUCAAAUCAAUUAGAAAUUUGUCGUUAUUUAGGACGUGGCGUUAGGGGGAGGUGUUAAAAAUAUGACCGCUAACAUGUUUACUAAUUUGAGCUUAUGCCAAUAAAAAAAAUGGCACCCGCACUACACACCAUACUUAUUGAUUGUAUUUCGUCGCCCAAACAUGUUCCUUACUUACAAACAUUCAUAUGGAAUCCUCAGUUCUUGAAAACGCACAGAGUAUUUUAACCUUUAAUAAAAAACUACGCUUUCCGGGAUUUAACGCAACGCGGGUAAAAUACAUUAAAAAAAAUAUUGCUAGCAAAUUAUUGUAAAAUGAAGUUUCAUUCUAAAAAUCGUUCUUAUAUUUUCUGUGUGGAUUUGUUGACCGCUAAGGCUAUGCCACCGUGCUUGUAAGCGUUACGGUUAUGAACAAAACUAAGAAACUGAAACUGAACCUAACCUAACCGAACUGACCAGAAGCAAUCCUUUGCAAUUAUCAUUAUAAUAACAACCCAUUACCGGUCCAUUACAGGGCAUGGGUCACCUCUCAGAAAUAGCAGAAAUAAUAGGGUCUUAGUCCACCACAGUGGAAAACUGCGUAGGGAGACUUAGAAGCCUUUUAAAACAUUAUGUAGAACUCAUGCAUGCAGGUUUCCUCACGAUGUUUCCAUCACCGUUGAAGCAAGUGAUAUUUUAAUAACUUAAAACAUACGUUAGAGGGCGCGCACUAGGAUUCGAACUCGGCCACCCGAAAAGUGAAGUCGAGCUCCUGCUGCGCUAUCACCGCUUCUACGAUUAUUUACGAUUAUAUUUACUAGCCCCCUUUUCAAUUAGCCUUCAAAAGUGUAUGGUGCGGAUUGAUUUUUUUAAUCGGCAAUUUAAUUUUAAAAUUCAGUAAACGUUUUAUAGAUAACACUCCCUGUGUUUACAGCUAUAUAAUUAUUAGUACAGGAAAUUGUUCCAAAACCACUCCAAAUACAAUAAAUGGUUAUACAAAAUACACAUUUUUUUUUUCUCUCUACAAUUUUAGACUUUUGAUAUAACUUACAUAAUAUCAUCAUGAUUAUUUCUUUAAAUAUAUUAAGCUUAGAAUUAUGAUUUAUAAAGGAAGCAUAAUGCUUCUACUGAACGAGCAUUAUUUUUGAUAAGUUACUUAGGCCUCGGCGAAAUACUGACCGAUCAGAAUAAUUCAUCGCACACAUCGUUUAUUUCUAGUACUUAAUACAUUUAUUGCCCAGUAAUUGUAUAUAACCUUAUUCUAAAGUACAUUAUAAAAAUAUCUUCUUAUAUCUAAAUAUUAAUUCUAAGCUCUAAUUUUUCAAUCAGUAUUAGACAAAGAUCGAAAUCGUUUCAUGCUUUAACAUCACAUCGGUCGAAUUUGUUAACCUUGAUUUAUUGAGUCACUUGUGAAAGAUAUAUUUAAGCCGGGUACAGACUGGUCCAGUGUAACACAUUUUGAACGUAUUCAUCACAGCCUUAACACAUUCCACGCUCGAAAAUUAACCAAAACGCGUAUGGCCAGUUUAUCAAACCUAACCGUCCACGAUCCUUUAUGUCCGCCUCAAGGUGGGUUUAAACCAAACGAACAAAGAGCUAGAACUAGAAUAAGAGCAUUCUUUCUUGAUCGUUUAGUGAAAGCAAAAGCUCACACCAAAAUAACAACGAUCAAGAAUAAGAACCAAGAACUAGAAUUCUUGGACAAAUGUUUAGAUCAGCCGAACGAAUGCUCAUUUCUAGAACGCUUUGAAGAGACCACUUCGGGGACCGAGCACACAAGCAAGUAAGUACACUCUAGGCAACUGUUUCCACGCUCUCAAUCCAGUUAACAAAAAGGAAGCGAAGAUUCCUAGAAUAUUCCAUAGAAUCAAUCUUGCAAAAGCAAACAGAACAACGACAGAAUACUCUACGUCUGUUUCAUCAUCACCCUCAACUUAUGAACCCAUCACCGGCCCACUACAGGGCAAGGGUCUACUCCCACAAUAAGAAGGGGUUAAGAUAAAGCCAUAGUACAACACGCAAGUCCACCACUGGGCGUGCGGAUUGACUCCACAUACCUUUGAGAACAGCAUGGAGAACUGUUUUCCUUCAUCGUUGAAGCAAGUGUUAUUUAAUUGCUUAUAACGCCCAUAACUUGAAAAAGUUAGAGGAGCGUGCUGGGAUUCGAACACUCCAUUCAAUUUAAAAGAGUGGGGAUAGAAUGAGCAAUUGCUCGUUUUAUGUAAAUCGGCCUUCAAACAUCGACAACUGGCAGAUUGCUUCGAGGCUUGAACAUUCAAGGCGUUCUGAACACUUCUUACAAUGUUUUUAUCGUACAUGAUUUUCGAUCGUCUCGUGCGCGUAAAAAACACAUUGCAGACAAAAACAAGACGUUCCACCAAUCGGUACCCGGCAUUAAGCACGCAAAUAUACUGAGCACUUGGUGCGGCAAGCAUCAUCUUCGUAUGGAUAUUUACGGUCUCACUAAUAAACGUUGUACAGCGGAAAAACACACAUUGAUAUCUCCCUUUCUGUCCUCAGUUAGUUAACAUUCAAACGGAGGCGACAAAGCAUUUUGUAACUAACUACGUUUAUUAGUAAGAAGAUAUCUAACGACUUCAGUGUGGUGUUCACAAGACAUAAUCAAGGUGCUGAUAGACGUUCGUUAUUCAAAUUGUUUCAAUGAGUACGGAAGAAUAUUUGCAG